AUGGCUGAAAUCCCACCUCGAGCAAAAUCCAUCCUCGUCCUCGGCGCCGGCGAACUAGGUACCGCCAUCCUCGACGCCCUCACCUCACACCCUCUCUACAACCCAUCAUCCACCGCAAUCACACUAAUGAUCCGGCCCUCCAGCUCAAGUCACCCGACUCCGGAGAAGCAAGCACAACAAUCCCUCUUCCGCGAACAAGGUAUUCGGCUAGUCGGAGGCGACUUUGAGUCCUCUUCUGAAGCCGAACUCACAGAUCUCUUCCGCCCGUACACAGCCGUCCUGCAUGCCGGGGGCAUGACGAACUCCUCGGGCACGAUGAUGAAAAUCACCCGCGCGGUUCUCGCUGCUGGUGUUUUGUACUAUGUCCCCUGGCAAUACGGCGUGGAUUACGACAUCGUCACGCGCCAGGGCGGGCAGGGUAUGUUCAGCGAACAAAUUGACGUGCGGGACUUGCUUCGUUCACAAACGAAAGCCGACUGGGUUGUGUUAAGCUGUGGCAUCUUUAUGAGUUUUCUGUUCGAGGAGUUUUGGGGUGUCGUCAAGCCCGUAGAGGACAAAAUCCAGGUCACGGCCCUAAACUCUCUCUCUGACAUCCUCACAGUGACUGCAACAAAGGAUAUCGGGCGCUGUAUGGCCGAACUUCUCUAUUGCCGCGAUACUCCGGUGAAUUGUUCAGUGUACGUUGCAGGCGACACUUGGACGUACGCUGAGUUCGCGGAAGCCGUGGCGCGGGGAACCGGCAAAGAAGUUAUCAGGCACGAGUGUCCUGUUGAGUAUCUGAGGGAAGAAAGCCAACGGGAUCCAGGGAAUCAAAUCAAGAGGUAUCGUGUCGUGUUUGCCGAGGGGAGGGGGUUGAGUUGGCCAAAAGAGAACACCUGGAGUGCAGAGAGGGGGAUGCAAAUGGAAGGGGUGGAAGAGUGGGUCAGGAGGAAUUAUAAAUGA